CGGUGUGAGAAAGAGGCAUCGGCGAAGGUGGGGAAAAGGCGGGAGUUGUGGGAGCAGGACAGGGGGCGGGGCAAGAUGGCGCGGGAACGCGAGAUGCAGGACUUCAUCCGGAGCCUCUUCCGGGGUCGCCCCGACCUGAGCGUGCUGACCCACUCCAUCGUACGGCAGAAGUACCUGGCCCACGUGGGCCUGGACCACCUGGAACCCGAGGACAAGAGGAAGCUGAAGCGGCUGGUGGAGGAAGAGCUGCUGAAGAUGCAGGUGGAGGGAGAGGAAGAAGAGGAGGAGGAGGAGGCAGAAGAAGAGCUGCUACCUGGGGAGCAAGAGCGGGUGAAGCGAUCACUUAGCCCAAGCAGCACCUCUAGAGCGUCCCAAGUGAAAAAGAGGAGGAAGCCGUGUAUCAACUCUGAGACAGAACACAGCUCGGAGGACUCGGGUCUGGAUCCCCAGCCUGAGAGCCCUCCCAGCUCCCCGAGGUCCCUGUCAGGCAAUGGGAUAAGGAGAGUGAAGGAGCCCGAGGAGAUUCUGACACCAUCCAGGAAGAUGACAGCUAAGGGGGAAGACCCUGAGGGGGAAAGUGAAGAGGAAGAGGAGUUCAGGGCCUUUGUAAGAAAGAGGGCAGUAAAGGAAGUGUCGGAAGAAGAGAGUGAAAGCAGGAGCGAGGAGGAAGCCUGUCUCAAACAGAAGGGCCGCGUUGGGAAGAAGGGAGCAUCCAAGCCCGGGAAGGAGGAGCAGAGAGUCAGUCCCAGAGUGAAGGGAGGGAGGAAAGCAGCCCAAGUGUCGGAGAGUGAUCAGACUGACAGCGAGGAGGAGGGGGAUGGAGCUGUACCUCAAAAGAAGGGGUCCAGAGCCCCAGAGGAAACCAAGGAGUGCUCUGCCAGGAGGAGGGCUGUGGGGAAGUUGGUGAAGGAGGAAAGCAGCUCUGAAGAUGAGAAAAAAAGCCUAGCUAGGAAACGGCAACCAAAGCAGACUACUGAAGAGAAUGCCAGAUUUAGGGGGGGUCCUGGAAAGAAGGGAGUGAGAAAACUGGCCAGAGACAGUAGUGGGACGAGUGAUGAGGAAGAAGAGGAAAGGGAGCAGAAAACAAGGGGCAGAAAGUCAGGAGGGAGACCAAAAAAGAGAGACUGGGGGACCCCAAGGGGAGGUAAGAAGGUAGCAAAACAGAGUGAGAGCAGUGAGGGAGAAGACAGUAAGGGGAAGGGGAAGAAGGGAGAGAGAAAGGCCGUGGAGGAAGAGAGUGAGGAGAGCAUUGAGGCCGAGGAGGGAGGGAGCAAAGCUCCUAGGGAAGAUAGUGAGGAGGAGAGCAGAACCGAUGACAGCAACCAAAGUGGAUACAGGAAGAAGGGGACCCCAAAUGUCCAGGACCGGUCUGAAGCAAGUGAGGAUGAGGAAGAAAGGACAGGAAGGACCAAGAAGAAGGAGGCCAAAAAGGGCCGUGCACCCCCUUCUUCCACUUCCUCUCAGGACAGUAGCCCAGAAGCCAAAUCAGGGAAGGGCUCUCGAAGAGGAGAGGACCAUCCUGCAGUAGUUCGGCUAAAGCGCUACAUCCGAGCCUGUGGUGCCCAUAGAAAUUACAAGAGGCUGCUGGGUUCCUGUCGCUCUCAUCAGGAACGACUCAGAGUCCUUAAAGCAGAACUGCAAGAUUUAGGCUUAGAGGGUAACCCUUCCCUGGAGAAGUGCCGAGCAGUGAAGGAACGAAGGGAAGAGGCAGCAGAGAUGGCCUCUUUGGACGUCAGUAACAUCAUCAGUAGUUCAGGGCGAUCUCGGAGACGCAAUGCUUGGAACCCACGUGGGGAAGUUGGGCCAUCCCAGGAGGAGCUGUACCACCGGAGAGCCCUGGAUUCAGAUGGGGAUGAGCCAAGGGCCCACCCACCACCUACUGAUUGGUCAAACCUUCGGGGCAUUAUCAGCAGUGAUGGGGAGAGUGACUAAGACACCCCAAAGCUUCUAGAAGCCACAGUGCCUCUGAGCAUAGGAAGGAAUCUAGUCCUGCCCUUGUAUAAAGUGUAUAGAGUACCCUCCAUUGGGUCUAAGUAUUUAUAUAUGUAUUUUCCUGUUUCCAGUUUUGUCUGUCUGUGGUAAGUGACUUUUUUUUUUCUUCUCUGAAAGAAUGUUCCAGAAGCAGUGACUUUCACAUCUACAAAGAUGAAGUUGCUUGAGUCUGGGCUCUUAGGUUCAUAUUCUCAUGUUUUUGACUGAAAUACUGGUAUUUAUGUGGGCUUUAAAAGUCUCAAUAAAUGAGCAUUUGUUA